AUGAGGCUGACGAUCAUCCUUUGUAUUCUUCUAACAACACCGAUAUUUGCUAUGUACCGGAUUGAAUUGCAUCCUGUAUACAGCAAAUCAAAUCAUCAUGCCGGAUAUGCUGCAAAGGUGAUCAUUGGUGAUCCGGAAAAGGAGUUCCGUGUCAUUUUGGAUACUGUUACACCGCUUAUUUGGGUUGCUGGAGCUAGCUGCUCAAUAUGGCCAUCAAAUUGCCACAACAAACAACUUUAUCCAAGUUCUUGUUCAAGAUUCAAAGGCACUCUAUCACACAACUACAACCCUAAAAGAUCAGCUUGUCUAAAUGCUUACGAAGAUAAUAUUUUGAUUAAUUCAUUGGAUGGUGGACGCGUAAAUUUCUCAAAUUCGCUAUUCGGUACGCCGUCAUAUUUAAACUGGCCUGAAUGGGAAAAUUAUCAAGAAAUAGACGGAGUAUUUGGCUUGUCAGCGUUGCAUGUUAAUUCGUUAAUAAAGGGUCUUACGUACGCUCCCCUAUUCCUGAAGAUGGAUAUCAAUCCGCUAAAGAAGGCUAUCCGAGAGAAUGAAUUGGCUCCGGUUAUUAGUAUCAUAUUGCCAGCAUUGGAUUCUAAUAAGACAGCGAUGUUAACACUUGGUGGACGUGAUGAUAAGUUGUGCGAUUUGGACAAUGAAAGAAAUGAAUCGUUGACUGCUUCCCGAAAUCGUUACAAUUUCAAAUUUCUAUCCAUUAAAAUGAACAAUACAAAGUUUUCCGAUAAAACAGUGACAAUGUUUGCUUAUCCGAAUGUUAUCAAUCCAUACAUCAGUGUUCCCAAUGAAUUCAUGGGAAAAAUUGUUAAAGACCUCAAGGCACAGAUGGAUCCAACAACAAAUAAAUACUUGGUAAACUGUCAAGGAUCGUUCGAACCAUUUGAGAUGUUUACACCUGAGAACAAAUACAUCGUUUCGCCAAAACAUUUUAUUAUCAAACAUAAUCCGAAUGAUACGCGAUGUGAACUUGCAUUUAAAAAUUUUGAAGGUGCAGGAAAAAAAGUGGUCCUCGGUAUACCAUUCCUUCAUCAAUAUUGUGUUACGUUAGAACCACGUAGUAAUCGUAUUAACUUCGCACCGAUAAUUUAA